UUUACUGGUUGUCAUGUGAUUUCUAGGAAAUCAUGCCUGAAUAUUUUCUAUAAGUACCUACGGGGCAUCAGUUUGCCUGUGUCAAAUUGCAAGGACGUCGAAUGGACAACACUUCUUUAAGAGUGGGUGACCAAACUCAAAGGAGAAUGGAAUCUGAAGCCAGCACGGAGGUAGAGGAAGAGACUGACAAUAUACCUGAGCUUUCUAACCCACUGUCAACAGGAGAAUUUGAGAGAGAUAAACAGAGUGAACCUGAAGUCCUUGAAAUGAAAGGAAAUGAAAGAGAACAAAAUGACCUGACACCUGAUCUGACGAUAGCCUUGAUUGGGGAUCCUGAAGCUGUGAAAACUGAACCUGGAAAUCUCUUUCUUGACAAGGAGGUCCUCUAUUCAGAAGCAGAUGAAGCGGAAGCCUCACGGAUUGCACCAAGAAUGUAUGAUUUAUUUGGACAUCGCAUCACGGUCAUCAACAUGCUGGGCUUGGAACAUACAUCUUUGCAAAAUCCCCUGGAUGUACAGGGAAUCAAUGCUUUYAUCUUCCUCAAACCACUGGGUCAGUAUGUCACCACUGACAAGAUGGGAGGAGAUUGGAUCAAAAAAAUACUUGGAGAAAGAUGUCUUCUUAACUAUUCAAUGACUCUUUUCACUUAUGAGAAAAAGCAGGACUGUGAAACAUUGAAUGAUGACCUGAACAAGAAAUGUGAUCUCAAGCAGUUGAUUAACAGAUGUGGAGGCAGGUAUCACACCUGUGACAGGCRCAUGAAUGAUCCAACAGAGAUGAUGUCAUUGCUGGAGAAGAUCAACAUUAUGGUCUCYGAAAAUGACCCAUGCUGCUAUACUAGAGAAAUGUAUGGUGAAGAGAUAAGGCAGAGACAGCAACUGAAACCAGAUUUUGGACACCAGAAAAAAGAAGAGAAGAAAAAGACUGAAUCAGGUUUGUUAAUGCUGCACAAUACUUGAUGUUGUAUCUUAGAGUAGUGGUCACCAACCAGUCGAAAGCAAACUUGUACUCCUUGAAGCCCUGCCGACUGGGUAAGCAUUUUGAACCAUUUCAUUUGUCUGAGAUCUGUGGCUAAAUCGAGUGCAAUCAGAUAGUUCAAAUCACAGAGCUUCCACGACUCAGGCCACAGCAAAGUUUGAUACU